GUAACGGAGCAUCCAUGCUGUGUUUUUACUCAGGGUAUAGAUAUGGUGGCUAGACCUAGAGCUAUGGAUGGAAGUGCAGAUCUAAGAUGGAGAUAUAUGCAAAGUGGGCAGGAUUCUAACCUCAAGGUUCCACAGGGUAGAAUGCUUUCAGGUUUCCCCGUUGCAAAAACAAGUGGUGAUACAUCCUUUACAUCGAGGAAGCAUGAUAAUUCUAUUCAUUACAACUAUGCAUUGUCUAAGGAUGUAGUAUCUGUUCCUGUUUAUCACUACAAUGGCGGCCCCCACGUGACCACAACAAUCCUCAGCCAAUGUUGGCGCCUUACCUACCUGCACUGUGACCAGGAGACAGAACACCCCUGCUGCGCCCUAGCGGUAGCGGAACAAACUAAACAGUACAACAGCCUCAGUACAAGUGUACUUGAUAAAUGGCUGGUCAGAAGUUAAUUAUAAAGAAAAAGACAUAUAUAGAUUAGAUUUAAACAUUUUUAGAACAAGUUCUUUGGGUGCAAAAAUAUUACUAUUGUUCACUCAUCUCCACAAUAAAAACCCACAAUUUCUUUGUUGUGUGCACCGAAAGCUUCAAUUUGUUAAUUACCAUUUACGAUCUCUCCUUCUAAUAUCCGGCACCCAGCGCUAUGUGUACACCACAGAAACUCUUUCUUUGAAAUAAGUUUCUAAUGCAACAACUUUGCUGAUUUGUUUCAAAACUGCCACUAAUCAAAUUUUUGAAGGUUUCAGGACCAGUAUAGAACUAAAAACAAUCUAAAAUUUAAUAAGAAUAGAAAAUUUCACACUGACAGAGAAUUGGACCGAAUUCAAAAUUCCAGAUCGAAAUAUAACUAUAUAUAUAUAUAUAUAUAUAUAAAUAUAUAUAAAUUCCAGAUCGAAAUAUAGCACAGCUUAACUUACAUCUCCUAUUUAAUUAUUGGUAAUGCUGUGUAAUUGCAAGACAUAGCGCUUUUGUAACACUUACGGGCAUAUUUAUUUUAUUAAUUAAAUUUUGUUCUAAAAGCAGGGAAAACCAGAAAGCAGAUGAAUGAUUGGUGUCUUCAUUCUUUCUUAUGAUUAUGAAACGUCACUGUAGGGGUUGCAUAUUAAUUUGUUACUUAAAUCUGUUAAAUCUCUGAUAAUAUUAUAAGCGCAAUAUUAAGAUUAACUCAUGGCAAAUUAAAAAAUCCUUAUUUAGCUACAGCCAUUGAUUAAAGAACUUAAACACGACAAUGAUUUCCUUAUAGCUUGCAUGUAAAUCACUCUUUUUUAAUAAAUAUGUGAUUUUUCAAGUACGUUUAAUAUUUAGUUAUGCUUAAACCCUAAUAUUUUAGAACAAUAUAUAAUCCAUUCUAAAGCUUUAGAAGAUUGUUUUUAACCCUAAUAUAUAAUAUAUAUUAAUGUUAAUUAUUAAUCUUCGAUAUCUGUUAAGGUGACGGGUCGGGAUCUAAAUAUUUAUUGUAAUCCAAAUAUCAAUUUCAAAUAUUAAUAAUCAGUUUAUUUAUAUUUAAUUUGUUCGUGAUUUUAAGUAACCUUGCAUUUCAUUUAUCCAAAUUAAGGAGUUUUCAACAUUAAAUGGACUGUACAUGUAAAUUUAAGUGAUCGUCCAUUUAUAGAGUUGUGAUUUUUUUUUCUGAAGUAGAAGUUAUCCUUAUUUUCUAUUUUGAAAUUGAUUUUAAACUACGGUUCCCUGGUUGACUCUUUCUGCAGCACAGAGAAACGGAAGGAAAUCAAGAGAAGUUAUAUAAUUUUAAGUCAGAAUAACAACGAUAUAUUCAUCUUUGUACAUCUUAUAAAUAUGGAUACACUGAUGGGAAUCGUACAUGCUACUCUACAAAUGAAGGGGUACUUGAAAUAACGUCUACAGUCUCUUACAUGCAGAUAAUCUCUGGUUAAGGUCGCUUAAGUUACGUUAAUAUUCAUCCUUAAAGGGACUGUAAGUGAAAUUUCAAGUGACGCUCUUUGCAAAGAUGGUAAUACCCGAUUCACAGCUGUG